CUAGCGAUAGGAACAAAACCUCCAGUAAGUAAGACCCGACGUCUUGCCCAGGAAGAAAAAAGUACGCCGGGGCAACAAAUCAACGAAAAAAACAAACAGCCAAAAGGACGAGAGCAACAGAGAAGAUAAGAGAGAGUCAGCUGCUGGACGGAGAAAAAGAGAGAAGAGCCAGUAGAGCACACAGCGAGAGAGUGAGAGAGAGAGAGAGAGAGAGAGAUAGAGAGAGAGAGGGAGGAGAGAGGAGAGAGCAGAGAGCGAGAUAAGAGUUUUACAAACAGGAGACAUUGAGAGGAAGCACAUGGUGUAAAAAUGCCCACCAACUUCACUGUGGUCCCCGUAAAGGACGGCACAAGAAAGGCAAAAGAGGGGGACGAGGAAGAUGAUGUGGAUGACAACAACGCGCUGAAAGAGGAGGAGGAAGACGCCACAGGUGAUGGCGUCCCAAAGGAAAACAGUCCAUUCAUCAACAACACAGACAACGACAAGGGAAACAGCUACGAUGGCACUAACAUGGCACUUUUUGAGGAGGAGAUGGACAGCAACCCCAUGGUGUCAUCUCUCCUCAAUAAACUGGCAAACUACACCAAUCUCACCCAGGGAGCCCAGGAGCACGAGGAGGCCGACGAUGAUGAAGGACCCAAGAAGAAAGCUGUCAAGAGCCCUCAGAUGGGGACCUUCAUGGGUGUCUACCUCCCCUGCCUGCAGAACAUUCUGGGGGUCAUCCUGUUUCUUCGUCUUACCUGGAUCGUCGGCACCGCCGGCAUCUUGGAGUCCCUGGCUAUCGUCGGCUUGUGCUGCUCUUGUACCAUGCUCACAGCCAUAUCCAUGAGUGCAAUCGCUACUAAUGGAGUUGUGCCAGCUGGAGGUUCCUACUACAUGAUUUCCAGAUCUUUGGGUCCAGAGUUUGGUGGAGCUGUCGGUCUCUGUUUCUACCUGGGCACAACCUUCGCUGGCUCCAUGUACAUCCUGGGUACUAUAGAGAUUCUACUGACCUACAUCGUGCCUAAGGCAGCCAUCUUCAUAGCAGAGAAAAAAGAGGAUGAGGUGGACGCCCUGCUGAAUAACAUGCGUGUUUACGGCACAUGCUGCCUAGCACUGAUGUCCAUCGUUGUCUUUGUUGGCGUCAAAUACGUCAACAAGCUAGCUCUAGUCUUCCUGGCCUGUGUCAUUCUCUCCAUCCUCUCCAUCUACGCUGGGGUCAUCAAGACCAUCUUUGAGCCUCCUGACUUUCCUGUUUGCAUGUUGGGGAAUCGCACUCUGCAGAACAAUAACUUUGACACGUGUUCUAAGUUGGAGGUGAUAGGAAACCUGACAGUCACUUCCAAGCUGUGGCAGCUGUUCUGUGAUGGACCUGAGCUCAACGCCACCUGCAACGAGUAUUUUGUAAACAACAAUGUGACCGAGGUGCAGGGCAUCCCCGGACUGACCAGUGGAGUCAUUUCAGAGAAUAUGUGGUCAGAAUACGGCCCUCUGGCUAUGUUGGUAGAAAACAAGAAGUUGUCAUCUGUUGGAGGAAGUGACCCAGCCACGGAUAUCUACUUGCCCUAUGUUGUGAACGAUAUCACUACGUUUUUCACACUGCUGGUCGGCAUCUACUUCCCCUCUGUCACUGGUAUCAUGGCUGGUUCAAACCGGUCAGGUGACUUGAGGGAUGCCCAGAAGUCCAUCCCCGUCGGGACCAUCCUGGCUAUCGCAACCACCUCCUUCAUCUACGUUACCUGCGUGGUGCUGUUUGGUGGCUGCAUUGAGGGCGUUUUACUUCGAGACAAGUUUGGUGACUCAGUGAAAGGGAACCUUGUUAUUGGCACGCUGUCUUGGCCCUCACCCUGGGUUAUUGUGAUCGGUUCUUUCUUCUCCUGCUGCGGGGCCGGGCUGCAAAGUUUAACCGGGGCCCCGCGCCUCCUGCAGGCCAUCGCACGAGACGGCAUCGUACCUUUCCUACAGGUGUUUGGUCAUGGGAAAGCUAACGGGGAACCUACCUGGGCUCUACUGCUCACUGCUGGGAUCUGCGAGAUCGGCAUCCUCAUCGCCUCGCUGGACGCCGUGGCUCCUAUCCUCUCCAUGUUUUUCCUCAUGUGCUACCUGUUCGUCAACCUGGCCUGUGCGCUUCAGACCCUGCUGCGAACACCCAACUGGAGACCACGCUUCAAAUACUACCACUGGGCCCUAUCCUUCCUGGGAAUGAGCUUGUGUCUCGCUCUCAUGUUCAUCUGCUCCUGGUAUUAUGCUAUCGUGGCCAUGGCCAUCGCCACCUGCAUCUACAAAUACAUUGAAUACAGAGGGGCAGAGAAGGAGUGGGGCGACGGCAUCCGCGGCCUGUCUCUUAAUGCAGCUCGCUACGCUCUCAUUCGCCUUGAGGAGGCUCCACCACACACCAAAAACUGGAGGCCUCAGUUGUUGGUGCUCCUGAACCUGGACUCGGAUCAAGUAGUCAAACACUCUCGCCUGCUGUCCUUCACCACUCAGCUGAAGGCAGGGAAAGGCCUGACAAUAGUGGGAAAUGUUUUGGAAGGAACCUACCUCACCAAAGACGCAGAGGCAAAGAGGGCUGAGCAGAACAUCAAGUCUGUGAUGACAGCAGAGCGUACCAAAGGUUUCUGCCAUGUUGUCGUGUCUUCCAAUCUCCGAGAUGGCUUCUCCCAUCUCAUCCAGUCUGCGGGGCUGGGAGGCAUGAAGCACAACAGCGUCCUAAUGGCCUGGCCUGGAAACUGGAAGCAGUCCAAUGACCCACAGUCAUGGAAGAAUUUCAUAGAGACGGUAAGGGAGACCACAGCUGCCCAUCAGGCCUUGCUCGUGGCUAAGAAUGUGGACAGCUUCCCUACAAACCAGGACCGCCUCGGGGAGGGCACCAUUGACGUGUGGUGGGUGGUUCAUGACGGAGGCAUGCUGAUGCUGCUGCCCUUCCUGCUGAGACAGCACAAGGUGUGGAGGAAAUGCAAGAUGCGCAUCUUCACCGUGGCCCAGAUGGACGACAACAGCAUCCAAAUGAAGAAAGAUCUCCAGAUGUUCCUUUACCACCUGCGACUGGAUGCAGAAGUAGAAGUAGUGGAGAUGCAUGAUAAUGACAUCUCAGCUUUCACCUAUGAGAAGACUCUGGUGAUGGAGCAGAGGUCUCAGAUGCUGAAACAGAUGCAACUCUCCCGGACUGAGAGGGAGAGAGAGAUUCAGAGUAUCACUGACGAAUCGCGUAGCUCAAUCCGGAGGAAGAACCCGGGCGCCGGUCAGAGCUCGGGCCUAAGCCGGCAGUCCUCUCAGACGGAGGACACUCUGGAGGACGAGGCCCAGCUCAUCCACGACAGAAACACAGCGUCUCACGCCGCGAUCAACGACAAGGCCGAAACCGGACCCGAUCGGGUUCACAUGACCUGGACCAAGGAAAAGCUUUUCACGGAGCGUAACCGCAACCGCGAGGCCAACGCCAACGUUGCCGUACGCGACCUGUUUAACAUGAAACCAGAGUGGGAGACUCUGAACCAGUCUAAUGUCCGUCGGAUGCACACAGCCAUCAAGCUGAACGAGGUGGUGGUCAACAAGUCGCAGGGCGCCCACCUGGUGCUGCUCAACAUGCCCGGACCACCGAAGAACAGAGGAGGAGAUGAAAACUAUAUGGAGUUCCUGGAGGUUCUCCUCGAGGGUUUGAACCGGGUGUUGCUGGUCCGAGGCGGCGGCCGUGAAGUCAUCACCAUCUACUCUUAAAAAAAAAACUCUCACGCCCCACCCUGCACACAUGGGCUAUCGCCAUGGAUACCGGUCACCGGGCAUUUUCGGGGAAGAAGCCUAAUUGGGUUUUUUUAUUUUAAAUUGAGGGCGGGGGCUGUUGGAAGGCAGGACCACUUGUGAUUGACAGAUGGUCUGGGAAGGGGGGGGCCUCCAGAAGAAGGAGGCAGUUAUAUGUGGCUCAGUGAGUGAAAGAGAGAGAGAGAGAGAGAGAGAGAGAGAGAGAGAGUGAACACAGUGUGAGUCCAUGCUGGGCCACAGUACCCCUGCAAACAGAAGAUAGAGCAUAGAGACACUUUAUAUUUUUCAUUUAACUCUAAAAACGUUGUUAUGUUACAUUUUCAUAUUCUUUUCCUCUUGUGUCGAUGUUGUCAUUUGUUGACACUGUGUACAGAUAAGCAAAGAAGUGAAUGUGUGUUGAUAUGAACCUCGUAGUCUUUCAUGUUGUCUGGUGUACUCUACUCUGGGAGGCGCAAAGACGUUUGCUGGACCUGAGAACAACAUGCAGGGAGUUACUGAACGGAUUACAACUCAAAUACAGCCAACAAUAGAUCAUCACCUUUGAAAAGCUCAACUGCACAACUUACCUAAUAUUACAAAUACAGUUAGGUGAUCUGUAUGUUCUGCAUCACCCUUUAUUUUAUGUCACUUUUCAGAAUCUUGUUUUCAGUCUGAGCUGCACAUGGGGCUCACAGUGUGUUUAGAAGCUGCUCAAAACAUCCCGUAUCCUCCUGUAUGAGGUUUGCUGGGCUCGUGUGUGCAGCAGCAGCGUAUGUAGUUGUAGUGUUGUCGCUCUCUGGUUGUUUGCCUUGUCAAUGAUUUAGUUGAAGGACUCGGCCGGGAGGUUGUUGAACGUGCACCAGGUGUCGGAUCACCUUCUGUUAGGUUAGGUGGGAGCCUUUCAGAUAUCGGGUACUGAUACUUAAUCAUCAGUCAAUAUUUCCCACAUUCAAUGAAUGCUAUUGUUUAUUAGAGGAAAAAUAGCCAUAGUUCAUAUUCUAGAACCCUUUGUGAGCUUUAUAUUAAAUGCACAUGUGAACAUAUUUAUGGUGUCUGAAGUAUUGCUCAGUUGACUGUAGAUUUUUUUUAAUCAGUGUGCUGUUUGACAGCGUACAGUAGGUUCAUACCUUUCUAGAUGGGCUAGUUGGUUUACAUAUUAAAUCUAUAAUCUGCCUUCAGAACUGUAGGCAUUUAAAAAAGAUUUACUUUCAAAACAAAAGCACAAAUUGACUCGUGUGAAUUAGCGUUUUUCUCUGAUGUGGUUUCACAUGUGUGUUGACGUAGCUCCAGCACUGUUGACUUUGCACUACGGAGCUCCUGCAGCACUUCAGACAUCGUGUACUCACGCUCGGACACUUCCUGCGGGUCAACACGCUGUUUUUACGUAAGAGGAGCGGAGACACCGAUACACGAGCGUGCUCUGGUCAGACGCUUAUGAGGGGAAAAGAGACCCAUUCUAUGUUAAUACUCAUGUUUCAAUGUUUUUAUAAUAUUUUACCCAACAAAAAAAAGAUGUAGGCUUUGAGUCCCAGACUGAGUAGAUGAAUUGUUCUGAGCAUGUGUAGGAGGAAAAAGUGCCAAAAUGACUACAAAAGAAACUGUGGAAGUAUUAUUAACACAUCAUAAAACAUGUUACUGUUACACUGACAAUCUUUACAAACCUUUUUUUUUUUUUAAAGAAAAAAGAAAAGCACAGAGAUAAAACCCUGCCAGAACCCUUAUUUUGAAAAUUCUAAUUCUAAAUAAUGAGAGGAAAUGCAGCUAUUUAGUGAAAUUUCCAGGGCAUUUCAAUCUGGGCUAAAAUGCUGCAAAGUAAAGAAUGACUUUGAGGUCAGAGUAAAAGAAGGAGAAGCAUUGAGCCCCGUCCUUGUGUGUACCUCCACAGUUUCUUUUCUAAUUUAGCUGUGCAGUAUUUUUUAAAGCAGUGAGUCGUGUCUCCCUGCAGCUCUGCAGAGAAACAUGGACUCAUGAGUCUUGAUUGUCAGUUAUGCAACAUUUGUGUUUUAUUGUCUGUGUUUCGUUCAGUCUGACGUAUGCUUGUGUAACUCUAUAGUCACGGUCUCUGUAGUGUUUGUUACAUUAUUACUAUUGAUCUUCUGUUACUUUAAGUGUUCAUUUUCAGUGUGAUUUUUCAGGCAGAGAGAGGCUGUGUGUGUGUGUGUGUGUGUGUGUGUGUGUGUGUGUGUGUGUGUGUGUGUGUGUGUGUGUGUGUGUGUGUGUGUGUGUGUGUGUGUGUGUGUGUGUGUGUGUGUGUGUGUGUGUGUGUGUGUGUGUGUGUGUGUGUGUGUGUAGACAGCAGCAGUUGUCCGAUUCCUUUUUCUUUUUUUUUUUUUAGUUUCUGUUUUGUCUCAAA